UAUAUAUCUAAUAGACACAUGGAAGUAUUGUUCAAACGGGACUUUGAGGGGACAGGGAAAAAGCCUUACCCUUUAAAUCCCAUAUGGGCCCGUUUUAGUUUAUAUUAUUUCACACAUUACAUGUCCCUCUCCUUGCACCGCCCUUAUGUCCACUCUAGUUUUGGUUUGGUGCCUUCUGAGUGUCCUACUUUGGUGUGUCGGGGGCUGCGUCCUUUGAACGCUGCCUUUGCCUUGUUGAUCUUAAUUCUUGUCUUUUACCUUAUGAAAAGGGAUCCAGGAGAAGGGGCAACACAAGAGAUUGGACAAACCGAAGCACUGGAAGAUCUUGAACGAAGAUUUCCUUGGCCUUGGUCACACGAAGUUGGAGGAUUUAUUGACAAGAUAAAGGUUUUCAUUGGGGGCGAAUGCGGCGAAUUAUUUUUGAACACAAUUCAUAAUCAUAACAAAAGAAACAAGAACAAGAAACUGAUCCAGAUUUAGCUCCAGAUGUCAGUCGAAAACGUGGUAAGUUUUAGUUUUUUCAGUGUAUUUAGUGUUGACUAAGAGUAAAAAUCUAACAGAGUUCAUAAAUUUAUUGUCCAAAUUUACAUUAAUAAUUCAUAAUAUAAUACAAGUAAAAAACAAUUUAAAAUAGAUUUACUGAGGCACUAUUUUAUAUUAAAAUACUAUCGUUUGAUUAUACAAUAAUCUGAAGUUGUUACAGUUAACUUUCAUUUUACUUAUUCGUUAAUUCAAAAGAGAUUAAACAUGUCUGUGAUGCUCGUCAUUUUUAGAACA